AUGAUAGAUGUUUUAUCUUUUAACGAUGUUAGUGAGGAUGAAUUUAAUCUGAAGUCAUCACAGGAAGUACUGAAAGAACACGUAAAUUUAUCACCAGCUGAAAGUGAAAUUUCCAACCAUUUUGAAGAAUUUAACAAUAUUAUUAUGGAUCUACGUCCAUAG